AUGAAAUAUGCUCAAGUAUGCGUAGAGGUGGAUCUCACGAAGCCAUUAUUGUCGAGAUAUAAGUUGGAGCGUGUGGAGUACUUCAUCGCAUAUGAAGGGUUGUUCAAUGUGUGUGUUUGA